AUGCUGCCGACCAAGCUGUUUGCGGUGGUGGCUCUCCUCCCGUUCGUCCUCGCUUGGCAGAGGCCGUACCGCCGCGACAUCGUUGUCCGUGACAGCUGUGGCAACGAGUACACCACAACGGAAACAGCAGCGCCUACGACUACGACGGCGCAACCCACUACUCAGUCGACGUCCAACCCGCUCACAGCGCAGUCUACAACGACAGUUGCGCCCGUCAGCUCGACGGUUGCGCCUAUCAGCUCGACGACCGCUGCCACUUCAACCACUAAGACGACCACGACUUCCUCGGCGCCAGCCACCAGCACCGUCCCCGCCGGCUUUGUCAAGGCCUCGGGCACCAAGUUUACGCUCGAUGGCGAACAGUACUGCUUUGCAGGCAUGAAUGCAUACUGGGUGCCCCAGCUCGUCCUCGAGUCCCAGUACGACGCCACCUUUGCCCUUUUGGCGUCGAUCGGCGUCCGUGUUCUUCGCACUUGGGCCUUCUCCAUGGUCACCGCGGUCCCUUCCUAUGACAUGACCUACUACCAGCUCUGGAGCGGUUCCAACUUCACCAUCAACGAAGGCGCCAACGGUCUCGAGCGCCUCGACCUCACCGUCAAGUAUGCCGAGAAGUACGGCAUAAAGCUCAUCAUGACCCUCGCGAAUCAAUGGAGCGACUUUGGCGGCAUGGAGAUGUAUCUCUCUCAAACCGGGGGCGACACAACCUACCACUCGAACUUUUACACGUACCAGCCGGCCAUCACCGCAUUCGAGUCGUACAUCAACACCAUUGUAACGAGAUACAAGAGCAGCACGACCGUCUUUGCUUGGGAGAUUGCGAAUGAGCCUCGCAAGUCCGGUGACAAGCCCGCCGACCCCAACUUCACUGUCGCUCAGCUCACCCAGUGGAUCUCCGACCGUGCGGCCUACAUCAAGAGCAUUGAUUCCAACCACAUGGUUGCCAUUGGUGACGAAGGCUUCUACAACUGGAGCAACAACACCAACGUUGCCUACGACGGAUACGCCGGCAUGGACUUUGAGGCCAACCUCAAGCUCUCGAACAUUGACUUUGGCACUUUCCACCUUUACCCCGAGGCCUGGGGAGAGACUCCCGCUGAGGAGUGGGGUCUUGGAUACAUCCAGGCCCACAUCAACUCGAUGAACGAAAUUGGCAAGCCCGUCGUCCUUGAAGAGUUCAACAUGAACACCUAUGCCGAGCAGCUCGCCACGCUUCCGUCGUGGAUCGACCUGGCCAUCAGCGGUGGUCUCUCUGGCUGGAUGCCUUGGGGUCUCGGUGCUGAGGACCUCAGCGUCACAGGCUCGAGCGUGUGGCAGGGCGGUGGCAGCGACAGCAUGGACCUGUACGCCAGCAAGUCGGAUAUCUGGUCGAUCCUCAAGGCCGACGGCGCGAUCAUGAACACCAAGUGCCCUCUAUAG